UGUUGCAGCCUCAUGUGAAUCGUUUAGAAGCAAUAAAAUAUACAAUAUAAUAUUAAUUAAUAAUUGUUCUGCGUUAAUGGUGGAAACUUCAGGUUAGUCCUUGAAGCUGAGUUCAACUACCUCUAUCUUCUGCUUCCCUCAAAUCCUCUUUGUGCUUCAUAAUCUGAUUCUUGAGAAUCAAAGGAAUUAAAGAUGGCAACAAUGAUGACUGCUUCAAGCAACUUAGUCUCAAGAAGUUCAUCAUAUGUUUCCCAUGGACCAAUUUUCUCAUGUGAGUCUAAAGUGUCACCCAUGGAACUAAAGCACACCAACAAUCAUAAUGGACUAAGAGUCUUGAACCAAGUGGAUGAGAUUCUGAACAGAACCCAAAUUAAAGUUAGUGCAGCAAAAUCAAAGAGGAAGGGACUUCAAAGCAAGAGAGGUAAGCCUAAAGGUGUCAUCAUAUGUGGAAUGACUUUGAUCUUUGUGGGAACUGAGGUUGCUCCUUGGAGCAAAACCGGCGGCUUAGGCGAUGUAAUCGGAGGUCUGCCACCAGCAUUGGCAGCUAAUGGACAUCGAGUUAUGACAAUCGCGCCGCGAUAUGAUCAGUACAAAGAUGCAUGGGAUACAAGUAUUCAAGUUGAGGUAAAAGUAGGAGACAGAACAGAAAAGGUUCGGUUCUUCCAUUGCUAUAAAAGAGGAGUUGAUCGUGUCUUUGUCGAUCACCCUAUGUUUCUUGAGAAGGUUUGGGGCAAAUCCGGAACCAAACUUUAUGGACCUUAUGCAGGGGAAGAUUACCAAGACAAUGAACUACGUUUUAGCUUGUUCUGCCAGGCAGCAUUGGAAGCGCCAAGGGCUCUGAAUCUUAAGAGCAAUAAAUACUUUUCUGGGCCAUAUGGCGAAGAUGUCAUUUUUAUCGCCAAUGAUUGGCACACGGCCCUUCUUGCUUGCUACCUGAAAUCCAUGUACCAAUCAAGAGGCAUCUAUAAGAAUGCAAAAGUCAUUUUUUGUAUCCACAACAUUGCUUACCAAGGAAGAUUCGCGUUCGAAGACUUCUCGCUUCUCAAUCUCCCUGACCAAUUUAAAAGCUCAUUUGAUUUCAUUGAUGGACAUGUUAAACCAGUAAUAGGAAGGAAAAUUAAUUGGAUGAAAGCUGCAAUCAUAGAAUCAUCCAUGGUGUUAACUGUUAGUCCAUACUAUGCUAAAGAACUAGUCUCAGGUCCUGACAAAGGAGUUGAAUUGGACAACAUCCUUCGCCGAACCGGCAUCAUUGGAAUUGUCAACGGCAUGGAUGUGCAGGAGUGGAAUCCGUCAACCGACAAAUAUAUUGCUGUCCGAUACGAUACUUCAACGGUGUUGGAAGCAAAAUAUAUUUUGAAAGAAGCUCUCCAAGCUGAAGUUGGAUUGCCAAUAGAUAGAAACAUUCCCCUCAUUGGAUUCAUUGGUAGGCUUGAAGAACAAAAAGGUUCUGAUAUUCUUGUAGCUGCUAUUCCCCAAUUGACUGAGGAGAAUGUUCAGAUAGUAGCCCUUGGAACAGGAAAGAAACAAAUGGAGAAACAGCUUCAACAACUUGAAACAUCAUACCCAGACAAGGCCAGAGGAGUUGCAAAAUUCAAUGUUCCUUUAGCUCAUAUGAUCAUUGCUGGUGCUGAUUUUCUACUGGUUCCUAGCAGAUUUGAGCCUUGUGGUCUUAUUCAACUACAAGCUAUGCGCUAUGGAACUGUGCCUAUUGUUGCCUCAACUGGUGGAUUAGUUGACACAGUUCAAGAAGGUUUCACAGGAUUUCAGAUGGGUCCCUUCAAUGUUGAGUGUGAAGCUGUGGAUCCUUCGGAUGUAGAUGCAAUUGCCAAAACCGUUAAAAGGGCUCUUGCGGUGUAUGGGACUGGAGCUUUUACAGAAAUUAUCAAGAAUUGCAUGGCUCAAGAUCUUUCAUGGAAGGGUCCUGCUAAGAAGUGGGAGGAAGUACUUUUAAGUUUGGGAGUUCCUGGCAAUGAACCUGGAAUUGAUGGAGAAGAAAUUGCUCCACAAGCAAAGGAGAAUGUUGCAGCUCCAUAAUUUAUAAGAACAUCAACAAGGAUAUAUGAGGAAAAAAUUCACCUACUCUAUCUAUAUAUAUAGCCUGAGUUGUUUGAUGAAUUAUAUAUACUCCUCCUUCCUUGGUUUUUCUGUAUAUUUGAUAAAAAUAGUUUAAUUUUAUUAAUUUCAAAUUAAUUA